AAUUAUUAUAUAUUAAUCACUUGUAUUGCAUAAAAUUAGAGUCGUAUACAAAUUUUCUGGAGUUUCAGGAGAAGAAAAAAGGCAGCAAAAUGGAGUCAAGUGGAGACAUCAAUAAUAAUGGCAAAGGAGGGUGGCUCAGUUAUGGUUGCUGCUUUUAGAAAUAUGAAAAUGGUCAAACCAGCAAAUGGAGAAGAUUGUUAUCUUCAUGAAAGUGAGGAUUCAAAACUUACAUAUGGAGAGCCAAGUAAAAGUCUCAGGUUUUUAAACAAAGCAGCGUACAUAAAACAAGGAGAUAACCAUGUAAACGGCACCAAAACAAAAUCAUGGAGCCAAUGCACCGUCGAAGAAGUAGAAGACUUAAAGAAGCUAAUCAAAAUAAUACCAUUAUGGUCAAGUAGCAUCCUACUAAGUGGUGCAAUGGGAGUUAUCAUUAGUUUCACAGUGCUAAUGGCAUUAGUCAUGGAUAGACAAGUCGGCUCUCAUUUCAAAAUCCCAGCCGGAACUUUCACAGUCGUCACCCUUGUAUUCACUGCAAUCACAUCCUCUGCACUUGAUCGAUUCAUAUACCCUACAUACAAAAAAUUAACUGGUCGACGUUUAACAUAUUUACAAGGAAUCGGAAUUUGUCAUGUUACCAACAUUCUUGCCGCGAUAGCCUUUGCCCUAAUUGAAAGAAGACGACUCAAAUUAAUUGAAAUAUACCAUUUAAUGGACCAACCAAACGCCGUGGCACCAUUAUCCGCCUUAUGGCUAAUAUUUCCAUUAGCCAUAAUGGGGAUUGGAGAAGGGUUUUACUUUUCGCCGGAGGUGGCAUUGUACUAUCAAGAAUUUCCUAAAUCACUAAGAAGUACCUCGACUGCUAUGAUCUCAUUGCAUAUCGCGGCUGGUUAUUACCUUAGCUCGGCGUUUAUCGAUUUGGUAGGGCAAAUGAGCUCUUGGCUACCAAAUGAUAUAAACUUAGGUAGGGUUGAUUAUGCUUGUUGGGUUCUUGCAAUUAUUGCAACUGUGAACUUUGCUUACUUUCUUUUAUGUGCCAUAUUAUACAAGUAUAAUAAUCCUGAUCCAGCAUUAGAUGAUGCUAAUCUUGUACAUACUUAGCUAGUUGAGAAAUAACUCACUUUAUUAAUAUGUUUAACAUUUUUUUAUUACAAUCUUAUUCUUAAUUUAGAAUAAUGCC